AUGAUGGAUGAUGAUGUAGAAAUGGCUGUUGUUGGCAUUGGAUGCCAUUUUCCUGGAGGCGAGGGGCUUGAAAACUUCUGGCGAGUCCUCCUUCAUGGAGAGAACUGUACAGUUCAGAUCCCGGAUGACAGGUUUAAGCUCUCUCAAUGAUACGAUCCAGAUAAGAGUAAGGCAGGGAAGAUGCACACUGCAAAAGCAGCACUCAUCGAUGGCUUGAAUGAGUUUGACAACAAGUUCUUCGGCAUCACUUAUACUGAAACAAUCACCAUGGACCCUCAGCACAAACUUUUGUUGCAGUGCACCUACAGGGCCCUAGAAGAUGCUGGGAUACCAAUGGAAAAGGCCAGUGGAACGCGCACAGGAGUAUUUUUGGGACUCAUGAACAGAGACUUUGAGCUGGCAAAUGUGAGGAAUAAUCCGAAAUACAUAGACCACACAACAGGCACUGGCUCUGCAAAAAGCAUUGCUGCCAAUCGCAUCUCAUACAUCUUCAACUUCACUGGUCCCUCACUGACCAUUGACUGUGCCUGUUCCUCAUCCCUCGUUGCCCUCCACUUAGCUUGUCAAGCCAUAAAACAAGGAGAUUGUGAUAUGGCCUUGUGUGGUGGUGCAACCAUUAUACUGGAGCCGACCGUUUUUGUGACUCUCUCCAAGGCAAAAUUAAUCUCUUCUGAUGGAACGUGUAAACCUUUCAGCAGCAAAGCUGACGGAUAUGGCAGAGGUGAAGGAUGCGGUGUCGUUUUAUUAAAGCCUCUGAAAAAAGCUUUGGAAGACCAUGAUCAUAUUUGGGGUAUUAUCAGCAAAACUGCAGUAAAUCAAGAUGGCCACACCGUUAGUCCAAUCACCAAACCAUCCAUGGUACAGCAGGAGGAGCUGCUCAGAAAAAUCUACUCAACAGAGACUGAUCUGACUAAUGUUCAGUACAUUGAGACUCAUGGGACUGGGACUCCAAUUGGAGAUCCAAUAGAGGCAGGUAGCAUCUCAAAAGUCAUUGCCAAAGCAAGACCUCAAAAGUCAGGGCCACUCCCCAUUGGUUCUGUUAAAGGCAAUAUUGGACACACAGAAUCUGCUGCAGGUGUUGCGGGGCUCAUAAAGGUUGUUUUGAUGAUGCAGCACGAAACCAUAGUGCCAUCAUUGUUCUACUCAGUGGAAAACUCCAGCAUAGACAUUGAAUCGCUCAAUAUCAAAAUCCCAACCAUAGCAGAAAAAUGGAUCAGUGACUACAGAACAGGGAGGUGUGCAGGAAUCAAUAACUUUGGGUUUGGUGGAACAAAUGCAUAUGCAAUUGUCAGACAAUAUGUGCAGUCAAAAAAGCCAAAAGCUCAGCAGAUCAGCAAAUCCCAUCAUUAUUUUGUGGUUUCUGCCGCAUCAGAAAAAUCCAUGAAAAAUAUAAUUAAAGAUACGACAGAACAGAUCAGCAAAGGAAAAAUAUCAGAUCUACAGUCUUUACUGUACACAUCUGCAUGUAGAAGAAGUCACUUGAUACACAAAUAUAGGAAAGUAUUUCAAAUAUCAACAUUGGAAGAUUUGCAAGUGAAACUUACUGCUGCUAUGGAGAAAAUGCUUGCACCAUCCAAGACAGACUCCAAGCUAGUUUUUGUGUUUUGCGGCAAUGGUGUUACAUAUCAGGGUAUGUGCAAACAGCUCCUAAAACAAGAGCCAGUUUUCAGAGAGGAAAUCGUUAAGAUUGAAACUUUGUUGCAAAGCUAUAGAAGUUUGAAUCUGAUAGAGAUGCUAGAAAAUGAAUCUGAGAAAAGUACAGAGCCGUCUGAUCCAAUGAUUGUCCAGCCUCUUCUGUUUGCUAUUCAGGUUGCUGUUGUCAAACUUCUGAAACACUGGGGCAUCACUCCUGAUGCUGUUUUGGGGCACUCUAUUGGAGAAGUUGCUGCAGCUCAUUGCUCUGGUUUGCUGUCUCUUGAAGAUGCAGUGAAAGUCAUCCACUAUCACAGUUCUUUGCAAAGCACUGUGACGGGAGGAAAGAUGCUGGCAGUCAGUAAUAUGGCUGUUUCUGAAAUCUUGACAAUCCUUCCAUCUUAUUCAGGAAGGGUUUGCCUGGCUGCUUAUAACAGCCCUCAGUCUUGCACACUCUCAGGAGAUGCAGAUGACAUUGACAGGCUGCAACAGAAUUUGAGCAACUCAGCCAGAGGAAAAGAUUUGUUCCUUCGCAUUUUAGAUGUACCUGCAGCAUUCCACAGUCACAAGAUGGAUCCCAUUUUAUCCAAAGUUGAACAAAGUAUAGGCUCAUUGCAGGCACAUAAUUUGAAGACAGAAUUGUUUUCAACAGUGACAGGUGUUAGUUUGUGUUCCUCCGAUUUUAUUACUGGUGAAUACUGGGCAAAGAAUAUCAGAGAGACAGUUGAAUUUGAACAAUCUGUAAGGUCUGCAGCUAAAAACAAAAGGCGUGUGAUAUUUGUUGAAAUUGGCCCAAGAAGAUCUUUGCAGAGGUACAUCACUGAGACUCUGGGAAAUGACUUCACUGUGAUUCCCUCAGUGCAGCCUGAUAAAGAUCAUGAGACCAUGCUUGCUGUUGUUUCCAAACUGUUUGAGCUUGGGGUCAAAGUAGACUGGGAAGCGUUCUACAAAGGUUUUGAGACUGAACCAAUUUCCUACCCACGUUACCAGUUUGAUGAUGUGAAGAGAGAUGUCUUUCAUCCUAAUGCACAGUUGAUCAGUCCUACUGGCAACCAUCCAGUAGUUACACAAAUGGGUAGAGACAAUUCAAUGUUUAGCUGUGAUUUAUUCUCUGAAUCAGUGGCCUAUUUGCAGCAUCACAAGCACAGAGGAGUUGCCAUCUUUCCCGGGUCAUUUUAUGCAGAGUUGGGUUUAGCAACUUACAUGGCAUAUGCAAAGCCUAAAGUCCCACUAUGUUCUCUGCAGCUCAGCAUAACAUUCCAGAAUCCAUUCGUUUUCACCCAGAAUGCACCAGAUUUAAAAGUUCAGCUGCAUCAUUCUGACCAUAUGGCUGAUAACACAUGUAACUUCAAAAUACAGUCUACUUCUGCAGUCUAUGCAUUUGGCUCAGUCGAAGCAAAACCAGGUAGAAGACCUGAAGUACAGUUGCUUUCAUUAGACUGUAUUUUCAAAAGAUGCACAUCCCACAUGACAACUGAAGAACUCUACAAGUAUCUAAGUCAAGCAGGAUUUGAGUAUGAAUCUAUCUUCAGAAAUCAUGCAGAUGUUUAUUUUGUGGAAGAACUUAGAGAGGCUAUAUCUAUUGUGAGUGUCCCAAAAGAAUUACUGCCUCAAUUACAUGACUAUCACCUUCACCCUGUGGUCUUGGAUUACAUCAUGCAACUUAUUCCUGCAGCUAUAUGAGGUUUAUCAGCAAGACCUGGAUAUCCUGUGCAAAUAGGAAGCCUGUCUGUAUUUGAACCAUUGCAAGAGGAGAUGGUUGUAUAUCUGAGAGCAGUACAUAUGGGAAAAGAUGAGUUUGAUAUUUGUGGGUGCUUAGCCAACAAACAGGGUAAGGUGUUAGUUGAACUAAGGCAUGGAAAGAUCAGAAUGCUUGGAAGUCGUUCUCGAGUAGUCGAUGAGUACUUCUUUCACAACAAUUUCAGCAUCCUCUCUGAAGUUGCCAUAUUUGAUACACCAAUUAAGGCACUGGUCUUUUCUGACCAGGUAGGAAUUGGUAAAACUUUACAACAGUACUUGGACCCAACAUCUAGAUAUGUAUCUUUAUCAAACAGUAACAUACUGUUAGAAGAUGGGUUGAACUUCAUGUGGGGUGAUGCAGACCUAACCUCUCUUGAAUCAGAGAAGGUCUUGGACAGUGUAGCAGGGUGUUGUGAGAUUUUUCGAAAGCUUAUCAUAUAUCUCAGGGCACUUCAUUUCCCAGGCGAUAUCAAGGUAAUAACCUAUAGGUGCUUUGAGAGCUUAGUGAACUACAUCAAUCCUGGGUUUGUUCUGUCAGGCAUGACAAGAGCAUGUGUAGCUGAGCUGCCAGAACAUUCCUUCCAGCUGAUUGACAUGGGCUCUGAUACUUUUGAAGACAUCAAAGCUCUGGUUCGGGUCCUCAGAUCAUACCCUUGUAAAAAAUAUCCAGAGCUAGUAGUGAAGGAAGGCAAAAUUCUCAAACCUGAAAUCAACCACACACCUCUCCCAACCAUGGCAACUUCUUCAAGAAACAUCAACAUGUUGGAUGAACAAAUCUUCAUCUUGCAAACAUCUGACCCAUAUAUAAUGCAAAAUGUCUCUGCAACUCAAAUGGAUAAUUCCAUUGAACCGAUUCAAGGAAAACAUAUUGAGCUUCAUCUCAGUAAAAUCUGUGUUCAUUCAUCAGAUUACUUUCCAGUUAGCAUUUCUGACCUGAAUCAUGGUAAGACAUUGUACUGGAACAAGCACACAAAUGAAAACCAUAAGCUCUUGGCCCUUGACUUCAGUGGCACGGUCACAUCUGUGGGUAAAGAUGUCAGCAAAUUUAAAGUUGGUGAUCACGUUGUAUCUUGUUUCCCUGUGGCUGCAACCACUAAAGGAGUUCUCCCAGCAGCUGUUUGCUACAAAGCAAAAAAGCUUUCAUUCCUGAAAGACGUGCCUUGUGUCUCUUAUAUGGUACUGGCUUGGGAGAUCCUGCAUGAGUCUCUACCCAAAGCUAAACAGAAAUGGAAACUGGGAAUUUUCUCCACAGUUCCUGACUCAGCUUUGAUGAACGUGUUAAUUACUAUUGCAAACAGAUCAGGUUGGAAUGUCAGAGUGAGCACCCAGGUUAAUCAGCUGUCUUGUGAUUUUAAUGACGUUGUGGGAGCCGUUCUUCUACCACCUUUUAAUGCAGAAAUGGCUGAAAUAGCUAGUAGUGUUAGAGACAUCAAAGACAUUGUUCUUGUCUAUGACAACCAGACAGAAUUUCCAUUCAAAACUACAACAUUUCGAGGCACAAAUGAGGAUGUCCGCUUUCAUGCCCUCCUCAUGUCCCAGAUAAUGCAAAAAGGGUCUCUGCAAAUGCAAAUGCAAAUGCAACAAAUCUACCGUUGGCUGAACUCCAUGCACUUGGACAGAAAGCCCUUAUAUUUGGAUGCAAAAGCCAAUGAAAGAGUGAAAUCUCAAGACACUGAUCUUCUGUCUGUAAAAGAAUCUGAAUCAUACUUUAGAUGCCAGAUCAUACCCAUUAUCAUCCUGAACAGUAAAGACAAGAAUCAGCUGUCUGACAUGCCAGUAAUGGCCAAACAGAGUCUAUUCAAGAAAAAUGCUGUCUAUAUUGUCACAGGUGGUCUAACAGGGUUGGGAUUUGAGACAGUAAAGUUCAUUGCUCAGAAAGGAGGAGGAAACAUUGUCAUUCUGUCUAGAAGUAAUCCAAACCCUCAGAUGCAACAAGAGAUAAGUCAGGUCAGUAGUGAUUGGGGCUCUGUCAUUAAGUCUCUGCCAUGUGAUGUUUCCGUAUCGGACCAGACAAUUGUUAACAUUGGAAAACUAUUUCCAUCCAGUCCCAUCAAAGGGGUGUUUCACAGUGCGGUUGUCCUGCAUGAUGCGCUGAUUGAACGUCUUGACAAAUCUCUUUAUGAAAAAGUCAUGAGGCCAAAAGUAAACGGAGUGAUUAACCUUUACCGUGCUACCAUACAGUGCAAUCUGGACUACUUUGUGUGCUAUUCCUCCAUUGUUGCCUUCAUUGGGAGUGCCUCACAAACUAAUUAUGCAGCAGCUAAUACAUUCAUGGACGCUUUCUGUCAGUGUCGCAGAAACAUUGGGCUUUCUGGACAGUCUAUUAAUUGGGGGGCUUUGAAUCUUGGUCUUUUGUUAAACAAAGUCCAUCUUCAAAGAUUUCUGCAGGAAAAGGGAAUCAUGCUUUUGGAGAUUCCAGAAAUCCAUGAAAGUCUUGAGCAGUGCCUCUUGAUCAACAAACCUCAACAGGUUGUAUGCAAAUUCGAUUUCAAAAACAAAUGGAUUAACAUAUUCAGUCAGAACACUCCACUAAUGUUGCGGUUUUACAAAUUAGGAGAGGAAGCCACGAUUAAGACCGAAGUGAACAUUUCUAGACCUGAACAACCCAUGACAUCAUCCUCACCACGUGAUUAUCUGAGGUUCAUGAUUAGCGAAACAAAUGGUGUUGAGAUGGAUGAGCUGAAUGAUGAUGUUCAUCUUUUUGAUUUAGGCAUUGACUCAAUGUUAGCCUUGACUCUGCAGAAUCGUAUCUUUAAUGAUAGAGGUGUGAAUGUCCCUCUUGUGACUCUGCUGGAUCCAAACACCACACUAGAAACUCUCACUAAAAUCCUGGAGGAGAACUGUUUAGACGAAAAUCAGAGUGAAAAUAAGAGCAAUUCCACAUACUUAUGAUUUGUAAUUUUUAUUUCUCCAAAGCAGUCUUCUUAUAGUCUCAAAACAAGGACUUCCUUCUUUUUAUGUUAAAUAGGGUUACAGUUAGCACUGUAGUACUUUUAUUAAACAAUACAAUUAACUCAAGUUUAUCCAAUUUAAAAAAAGGUUAAUAUAGGCAAAUUUUUGUAGAUUACUAAAUUUCACUAAAUUUCUAUCCAGUCUAUUAUAAUGUUAACCAGAUAUAAAGAUAACCAGAAUACAACUCUAUUUAAUUCUAACUAUUGUGUGAACUUUCCUUCAGUUUGUAAAUUGAUGUACGUACCUUUAUUAACCUAUAAGAUUAUGAUUUCUUUUAUGUAUUAUUAUUUUGUCUAACUAAAGAGAUCAUUACAAAAUUAUUUUUAAGUUGGGUCAGAGGUAACUGGCAAAUAUUAAAUGAAAUCCGUAAUCCAUUUUAUUUAAUAAAUCAAUCCAAACAAUAGUUUUAGUAGGUUUAAAGUAAAAUGUAAGAAUAUGUUAUGGUUUGUUUGUUAAAGGAUGUUUAAAAUACUGUCUACAAUGACAAUUGUAAAGAUAUGAUGAUGAAUUAUUCUGUUUUAAAUUGUUUGUACCUUGUAAAAUUGGAAAUUUCUGUAUUAAAAACUAGUAUCAUGCUAUUUUACAAAGCAAGCGUUGAAUCAAUAGCAGAAAAUUAGAUGACAAUAUUAUAUGAUCAUUUAUCAGUAAAACUACAAUAA